UAAAAGGCAAUUAUUUUUUGAUUGCCGAUUUUUACUUUGUGCAUUUUCGGGAGGACCACUGGACUGGUUGGAUUAUAGGAACUAUAUAGAAGGAUUUGUGGAGAUGUUGGGUCGUCAAGAAGAUAAAUUAUGUGGAAUUUUCUCUGCUCUGGCGGCUUUGUCCUUCGUAUGCUUUGUUCAAAGCUCCUCCAUUGGAAGCGCCGGCAUGUCUGUGGCCAAGACCACCGUGGACAAGUUGCUGAAGGGAUAUGACAUCCGUUUAAGGCCUGAUUUUGGAGGUCCUCCAGUCGUCGUAGGAAUGAGCAUCAACAUAGCAAGUAUAGACUCCAUCUCAGAAGUAAACAUGGACUAUACCAUCACAAUGUAUUUCCAGCAGAGCUGGCGAGAUAAACGGUUGGCCUAUGGUGAGCUGAACCUAAACCUAACUCUGGACAACCGUGUAGCAGACCAGCUUUGGCUCCCUGACACCUACUUCCUUAACGACAAGAAGUCCUUUCUUCAUGGUGUGACAGUAAAAAACCGUAUGAUCCGACUGCACCCUGAUGGCACCGUCUUAUAUGGAUUAAGGAUAACCACUACUGCUGCUUGCAUGAUGGACUUAAGGAGGUACCCUCUUGAUGAACAGAACUGCACCCUGGAAAUUGAAAGCUAUGGAUAUACAACAGAUGACAUUGUAUUCUUCUGGGAAGGAGGAGACAAUGCUGUUACGGGCGUUGACAAGUUAGAGUUACCUCAGUUCUCCAUCGUGGCCACCCAAUUGGUGUCCAAGGAGGUCAUCUUUACUACAGGUGCAUAUCCAAGGCUUUCACUGAGUUUUAGGAUUAAGAGGAACAUUGGAUAUUUCAUCUUGCAGACAUAUAUGCCCUCCAUCUUGAUCACCAUCCUCUCCUGGGUCUCCUUCUGGAUCAAUUACGAUGCCUCUGCAGCUCGGGUGGCCCUGGGUGUGACAACGGUGCUUACCAUGACCACUAUUAACACCCACCUUAGGGAGACGCUCCCAAAGAUUCCAUAUGUGAAAGCCAUCGACGUCUACCUCAUGGGCUGUUUUGUGUUUGUGUUCCUGGCCCUGCUUGAAUAUGCCUUUGUAAAUUACGUGUUCUUUGGUCGGGGCCCUGCGCAACAGAAGAAACUCAGCGAGAGGCUGAACAAAGCCAACAAUGAGCGCACAAGAUACGAAGAGAAGCGCCUGAGGGAACAGGACUCCAUUUCCGUGCCGUUUCAAACCAACACCUUCAGGUCAUUUACACAGCGAAGAAAUCUGUAUCUCGAGGAACAAAGAAAAGUUGGGGUGGAUGCUUAUGGAAACAUCCUCCUCACCACGCUGGAGAUGAAUAACGAAGUGAUGCCUUCUGACGUGGGGAGCAGCGUCAGUGACUCUCGGAAUUCGGUCAUGUCCUUUGACAGCUCCGGGGUCCAAUUCAGGAAGCCCAUGGCGCCCCGAGAUGGCUUCAGCCACCACUCGCUGGAUCGGAGCGCCAUGCGGAGCCGGGCCAACUGUCGGCUAAGACGACGCUCCUCCAAGCUCAAGUUGAAAAUCCCCAACCUGUCAGAUGUUAGCACCAUUGACAAGUGGUCCCGGGUCAUUUUCCCUAUCACCUUUGGAUUUUUCAACCUUAUCUACUGGUUGUACUAUGUGAAAUGAUGUGCAUCCCACAAGGAAUCAUGGGCCAUAUUUUGAGAGCACAUUAAAUUGGCUUUGAUACAGUUCCAAAAUAUGUAUACACAUAUACGAGUUGAACAUAUGUAUAUGCAUAUUUCUAUAUAUUAUAUUUAUAUAUACACAUGUGAAAUCCGAAAGACCUUUCUGCUGUACAAAGUAUUAAUAGGAUGACUUGAAUGUUUAAGAAUAAUUGUGAAAGAAGAAUUUGGAGGCUUUGAGUUUCUUUUUCCUGCUGAAACGAACAAAACAAACACGAGAUCCCACCAGGGGGUUUUUGGAACUAAAGACUGCAUGAUAUUUUUGCUAAAAAAAAAAAAGAAAAAAAAGAAAAGGGGAAAAAAAAGAGAAGAAAAAAAGAGAAAGCGAAAGCUCUCGAGAGAGAAACGAUGUCUCAGAGUCCCAUUGACUUUUUAUUGAUACUUACUGUAAUCAAAAAUCCUCUUCUGCAGCUCAUGAAAUCAGUGGUGGCUUGUCUGUUCAGGCAUCAGCUGAGUGAGAUCCUUGGCACCCCCCCGCCCGCUCCCCACACGCACCGCUACAGCCGAAUCCCCCACCUCCCCCACCCCCGCCAUCACCCAUGGAUAACAUGCACGGAAAUCUCCGGUUCUACUAUGUACAGCAACCUUGUUUGGAUUAUGUGUUGUUCCUUGGGUUUUUUGAAGUGAUAUCGUUCUCUUUAUCAGACAUCAGCUCUGGCCUAA